AUCAAUGUCCAGUUGUGGCCAGUUGACUGACCAGUCGAGAGCGAUGUCGGAAUUAAACAGCUACCAAGAGGAGUGCCAGCGUGCCGAACUUUUGGGCAUAGCACCACCAGACCAAGCGGAGUUUGAACGUAAUCGUAAGGCUCGUUUGGAGCAGGAACUGGCGGAACAGGAGGCAGCUGAAGCAGUUCUGAUUGAGCAACAGGACGAAUCAUUGGGCAAUGUUGGUGGCAAGCUUGGUGAAUUGAAUAGCAUCUUGUCCAGUACGCAGCAGAAGCUAAAUCGAUUCAAACAGACAGCUUGUGGCAGUUUGAGUAACAUAUUUGCACGUACGAAUUUAGGGUCAGUGGACGUACCCCAAAGCACUGGAGACUCCACAAAUGCUAGCAAGGAACCAGAGCCUGUCCAAGAGCAGCCACAACCGCAGCAGCCAUCCCAAACGCGACCACUGACCAGGGAGGAGAUUCAAGCAGCCAAGGCGGCCAAAGAAAAACGCAUGGACUCCCAGCUAGAUAAACUGGACUCUUUGAUCAAUAAGGCGGAUAAUGCCCAUAUUGCAAUGGGCGAACAAACAAAACAAAUGAGACGCAUGGCAAAGUGAAAAUUUGCUUAGUUUAUGCAUUUAUUUAUUAUCUAUCAAUCAAAUCUCUUGUUUCUAUCGACCUUAUAACUAAGCAGUCGAGAUUUCCAUUUUUCCGAAGCGGCCUUCAGUCACAUUUAUCGAGUCUUUUCAAUUUAAUUCCAUUUUCUUAUAUUAUUAGAGACAAAGGAUGGAUUUAAUAGAAUGUUAGUUAGUGUUUGUUUUACAAAUUAUUAGAUAAUUAAGUACUGAAUCGAGUUGGAAUUUGACAAUCCAAAAAAAAAGUUACCUUAUAAUCUGUUUAUGUUCUGUUUUUUUGAAUUCAACUAAUC